AUGAGACGCCCCAUCCGCCUUGCGGUCCUUGAGUGCGACCAUCCCCUGCCCGGCACCUCAGCAAAGUACGGCGGGCGCUUUGGAGGGGUCUUCAAGUCGCUGCUGGGACGCUCGGCAAAGACGCUGAACAGGCCUGACAUCGUCGACCCAGAGGCGGGACUGGACAUUUCAGAGUACGAUAUCGUGAAGAACGACGUCUUUCCUGCUCUCGAGGACAUCGACGCCGUCCUCAUCACUGGAUCAAAAUUCGAUGCCUUUGAUACUGAGACACCCUGGAUUAACAGACUGGUCGAGUUUAUUCGAAAGGUGGUGGCUCAGGACCGCGUCAGGGUGAUUGGAAUCUGUUUCGGCCACCAGAUCCUCGGACGGGUGCUGGGAGCCAAAGUCGGCCGUAGCGAUGUAGGCUGGGAGGCUGCUGUGCACCCUCUCACCCUAACGGAGAAGGGUAAAGAGGUCUUCGGCGUGGAGAAGCUGAGCAUCAUGGAGAUGCACCGUGAUAUCGUACAUGAUCUCCCAGCUGGCACUGUCUCGCUCGGCUCUACGCCCAAGUGCGCCAUCCAAGGCAUGUACACCCCCCGCAAACUGUUCUCCGUCCAAGGCCAUCCCGAGUUUGACAGGGACAUCGUCAUGGAGAUCAUGCAGACCAGAAAGGCAAACUAUCCUCCAGAGGUCUUUGACGCGGCCAUGAAGGUCAUCGACGACAAGCAGGACGGUGUCCUCAUCGGCGAAGCUCUCUUGAAGUUCUUGGCCGAAGAGUGA